AUGGCAUUUGCUGCUGCAGCAGCCGGGCCAGGUAAUGAAGCUACGGUUAGCUGCAAUUCUGAGCCAGCGGGAACGAUUUCAUCAAUCUCAUCACAAAGCCAUGACGCCUCUGGAGCCGAGCAAUCAACCUCUGAGGAACAAAAUAGCCCGAGCCCAGUUUCAACGGCACCGUCUAUCGACGAUAUCAACAGCUCAUUGGAUCCAUUCAUACCCGCAGGCACCAAGAAGUAUAUGCUACUUUGUGUCAACACUGGUCUGAGGCAGAUAAAGCUGGCAAAUGUCGACGUUACGGAUGCCGAUGACGGUCUAGAGAUCUUUCAGCGCUUGCGGAAAGCAUACGUCGAACUCCGUGGCAACAAAGCAAUGAACCGCCUUAUGAAGCCCACCACCAUGCACUACGUGAAGGUACGAGAAGCCGGGGCACCCGUGCAGAUAUUGGAAGAAGAAACGAAUGUUGACGCUUGUACAGUUCCAACUCUUUCAUCUCCACAAGUCAGAGGAGUGCGUCGGGAACUACACUACCGAUUCCAUCCCAUCUAG